CCGCCUUCGUUAUAUUCUAGAACGCCGUCUCGUUAUACCUUUCACGGCGCUGUCUUGUUCAUUGAUUAUUUGAGCAAUAGGCAAGUGCUGAAGGCAAGGAGGCAGCUUCUCAGAAAGUACAAUACAGCUUCCGCGCACAGACGACCAUGCCUGAAGCGGAGGAAAUUUCCACGCUCUCCCCCGAGUUGCAGCGCCUGGCCCGGGAGGAGCUGAACGAGGACCCGAAGCCGGAGAAGGACAUCCAGGCCGUGGGGGAGUGGCUCGUGAAGCAGCCCCACCUCAACGCUCUCGCACUGCCCGCAGACCGACAACUGAUUCUGCGGUACCUCCGAGGAUGCAAGUUCUCCCUCGAGCGGACGAAAGCCAAGCUGGACAUGUACUACACUUGCAAGGGCGCCCUCCCGGACAUGUUCAAGGGAAGGGAUCCUCAGAACCCGAAACUCAGGAGCAUCAUCAAGCUAGGGCUGAUGUUCCCGCUGCCCGGCUACGACUCGGACGGCCGGAAGGUGAUCUUCGGGCGGCUGGGCGCGUGGGAUCCCUCCAAACACAAGCCCGAGGACCUCUUCAAGGCGGCCGGCAUGCUCUUCGACGUGAUGUUCCUCGAGGACGAGCAGAUGACGGUCACGGGCAUCGUCCAGGCCAAUGACAUGACGGGCCUGACGCUCAAACACGUGGCCGCACUUCCGCUGCCUCUCAUCAAGCGCGUCUCGACCACCUGGCAGGAAGGUUACCCGUUCCGACCCAAGGGCGUUCACUACAUCAACACUCCACAGGCCUUCGAUGCUUUGUUCAACCUCUUUAAGCCUUUGAUGCGGGAGAAAAUGAAGAAGAGAAUCCACAUGCACGGCAGCAACAUUGACGGAAUGUGCAAGUUCUUCCCCCGUGAGAUGCUGCCGUCGGAAUAUGGGGGGUCGGCGGGAACCGUUAAGGAAAUUGCAGACCAGUGGCUGCGGAAGAUGGACGAGCACCGCGCCUGGUUCCUGGAGGACGAGAAGCACACGGCGGACGAGUCGAGACGCCCCGGCAAGCCCAAGACGACGGCGGAUCUCUUCGGCACCGAGGGCUCCUUCAGGAAACUCGACUUCGACUGAAAUCCUCAUCGUCUCUUUUCUUCCUCCAGUUUAUUUAUUGUAAUCUCUCCAUGCAGAGCGUUGUCCCGUGUGCGUGUGUGUGUGUGUAUAGUUUGUAUGUACGUAGAUGUGGGUAAAUGUGUAUAAAUGUGGGCAAAUGUGUAAUGUGUAUGUGUUUAUGCAUUUGUGUAUAAGUAUGUACAUACGCAUGAGUUCCUACGAGUGUGUAUAGACGUCUGUAAGGGCUGGAGUCGAGAGGGAAGUGGAGAAAGAGUGGGUGAGAAGGGAUGGGGAGAGAAUGGCAGUGAGGGGUUAAUACGAGAGAAAAAGAGAGGAAAUGCCAGUGAGGGUGAAAAUAAUUGUGGGGGAUGAGAGUGAGGAGAAAGCGUUAGGAUAACAGAGGGAUUAAAAACAAUAGUGUGUGUGUGUGUGUGUGUGUGUGUGUGUGUGUGUGUGUGUGUGUGUGUGUGUGUGUGUGUGUGUGUGUGUGUGUGUGUGUGUGUGAGUGAGUGAGAGU